AUGUCGGGGCACCAGGCCAUUCUUGGAGGCGACUGGAACAUGUCUCCUGAAGCCCUUCUUGAGUCGGGCUUCCCUGAGAAGUUGGAGGGGUCUCUGAUCAAACCUGCUGGCUCUGGGACCUGCAGAUCGUUGGGAGGUCUGAACUUCCUGGAUUAUUUUGUGUGCACUGGGGGCAUUGCGAAGGGCAUUCAGUCGACGAGCAUAGUGCAGGUGGCGCAGCUGACACCGCACAAGCCCGUCCAUCUGCAACUUUUUCCUCGGCUUGCUCAGCUGUGCGCGCUCACGUUCCGUAAGCCACCGCCCAUUCCCAGAGAGAGGCCGAUUGGGGUCGGCCGCUCACCGCCAGACUGGGGUGAGGUGCAGGACGCUGCUGAGGGGUGUUUAGGUACGGCGCUCUCGGGCCAGAUCUCGGAGGCUCAGGAGAGGCUUGAUUGGGUCUAUGGGCGUUGGGCGGAUUUGGCCGAGAGGGAGCUUUGCGACUUGGCCCAGAUCACGCUGCCGUACUAUGGUGCCCGUAGUAAGUCACCGCAACUGCAUUGGGUUCCCAUCAUCAAGGACAAGGCCCCCCCGUUCAGGCACCCCAAGUUGUUCGCGGGCAAGUGGGUGUAUCACAGGUUCCAGGACCUGAUCAUCGAGUUUAGGGAAGGAGCUCUGGAGGCCUCGAAGACCAGGGAGUCCCUGUUGAAGCCCCCGUCCUUCGUGCUUAUCGUCGGCUGCGUUGAGUGGGACCAGUAUCUCAGCACGAUUCAGUCCUUAGCUCGAGCCGUCCCCGUCGGCAAGAUCACCAGCGGGGAGAGCCAGCAGUUGGGCAAGUCCGAGUGGCUGGAGGCUGCUCAAGAUGCUUUGGUUUUAGUGCAGCAGUAUGUGACCAAGCUUCAAGGAGAAGCUCGUCUUGACGGCGAGAUGGGGUGGAAAAACUGGCUGCUCACAAAAAUCAAAGAGGGGGGAAAGAAUGCCCACCUGGCCUCCAAGGAGGCCCAUGGUUGGAAAGCUACCACGACCUUAUCGGCCGGGGGUUUGGUGCUUUCGGACCCUCUUAGUUUGCUCAAGAGCGAGGCCUCUGGCUGGGCCGAGCUGUGGCACGCGGGCUCUGAGGCGCCCGACUGUCUGUUUGAAGGGGUAUGUCAGCCCCUCCCCAUGGUUUCGACCGACCAGAUUAGGUCGACAUCUGCCGCUUUCAAGGCCACCACGGCACAGGCGGUGGAUGGGUUUCACAUGAGGCACUACUCGUGGCUGUCGGACUCGGCGCUAGCGGUGGUGAGCCUCCUGUUUGCGAUCUUCGAAUCGCUCUCCAGCCUGCCGCGCCAGCUCCAGAUUAUUCAGUUGGAGCAGGCUCUGGUCCACGAGUGCGGCUGCUCCAUUUCUUUGUCCAAGGCGGGCCAAGGCAACCUCGUUUGCUCGGACGGGGCCGUCGCCAGGGAGCUGCAGAUUUUCCUAGGCGACCGCACGGGCCCGCUGGCCGACAGCAUUGUGGACUUAGGCAUAGAUUUCACGGCUGGCAGGUCUCGAAGGAAGGCCUACAUCCGACGGGCCCUCCGCGAGUCCAAGUUCAAGAUCCGCAUGGCCAACUUGAAGGCCAAGUCACGGAAGGUGAGGAUGAUGAAAAAACAGAUCACCUCCCACGCCAAGAGAAUCUGGGUCUCUGGUCCGCUCCCUGGGGUGCUGUAUGGGUCGGAAGUCCACGGGAUUUCGGAUGGGGAGCUCCACCGUAUUCGGCAGCAGGCCGGCUCCGUGAUGGGGCCUAGCUGUAAAGGUAGAUCGCUCACAAGCCUGCUUAUCUUAGAAGAUGAGCCUACGUGGCUCGCGGCGGUGGCGCCCCUUGUCAGGUACUCGAAGGAGCUGUGGUGUGCCCACUCAGGUGCAUACCGCUGGUGUUUCAGUUUCACGGAGCUGCGCGAGGCGUGGAGUAUCUUCUUCGCCAAGCCCCCGCCAGCGACGUGGAGGGAUGUCACGGGGCCUUUCUCCGCGUUGUACAUGUGUCUUAAGAGGAUCCAGUGGAAGAUGAUUGACUGGGUCUCCUGGGAGAACGAUUUCGGGGAGAAGUUAAUUUUGACGGAGGUUAGUCCUGGGCUUCUGAAGAUAUUGUUGCGUCAAGCUGUCCUUCGGAGUUUGGAGCGAGUUGCUGCUCAAAAAUCGGUCCUGGAGGUCCCUCGCCUGUGCUUCGAUGUGCUCAAGAGGUCCCUGCACUCUAGCAAGUUCUCACCUGCUGGCAAGGCGGCGAUCCGUCUGAUAGGAUGCGACGCCAGUUGGACCCGAGUUCGUGCGCGUUGCCUCGGUUAUCAGUUGGAGUCGGUGGAGUGUCCUCUGUGCGGUCAAGGGCCAGACACGCUGCUCCACAGAUUGUGGCGUUGCGAGGCAUGUGCCGAAGAGCGUGCAGAGAUUGUUUCAGACGAGUGCCAGAAGCUAGUGGACGACAUGGACAGUGAAAACCCCCAAGACCUACUCCUACUUACCCGCGGUAUCUUUCCUCACCCAGGGGACUAUUGGCCGAGGCCAGACAAGGAGUGUAAGACCGUGUGGCAAUGGGAGGAGGAUGUCACGGAGGAGGACGGCAUGGUGAGGGGGGAACUGUUCUUGGACGGUAGCUGCACCAGGUGUAUCGUGCCAGAGCUUAACAGGGCGGCCUGGGGUCUUGCGAUUUACGAUCGGGCGUUCAGGUUCCUAG